UCUUCCUUAUUUUAUGCAUGCAUAUUUUUCAGGCUCAGCUGAAUGCGAUGCAUCUGAGCCGUCUGCAUGCUGCCACCACGAGCCCUAGCACGGCUUACCCGAGCCCCUGGCUUCAGAGCGGUGAGGCGAGGCCGUGCUCUCGCUCCAGCCAUGUUGCCAAUAGUGAGGAGGGAAUGCACACCAAGAGCAGCGCAUGUGAAAGACGCCCAUAUGCCAUCCCAACCAUCCCUGAGGUGCAUGAGCCUCUGGAGAGAAAAGCUCGGUUUAGGAGCCGCAAUGUCAUGUCUCUGGGUGAUGCGGACAGUUUGUGUCUGAUCUGCCAUGAUGACCUACGCAAAGGAGGAGGAGUUAUCAGAAAGCUUCACUGUUCCCACAGCUUCCACAGUGAGUGCAUAGAGGAAUGGCUAUGGAAUAAGCAGACCUGUCCCACGUGUCAAAAGCAUGUUGCCAUGCCAGAGCCAUUGUACUGGACAUCUACCAGAGUAAUAGUGCCCUGAGCUCUUCCAGCUCCCAUUCAAACUACCUUGGACAUCAGAUGGGUAACAAAAACAUCAGACAUGAUGGUGGAUAACUAACAAUGCAGCUAUUUCCUACAAAAAAGGUAGUCAUAUGACUAAUCACAAAGAGGAGAUUUUGUUACAGAUUGGUACAGCAUUUCUUUGUACAUAGGCUAAAUUAA